AUGGACAGCGGAGAUAAAAGACCAAUCGGUACUCCCGAGGAGACCAGAGAAAGGCUUCCUAGUCCGGCAGUUAGUAAGGAUUCAGUUGAGUCUAGCAAUAGAAGGACUCUUAAUCGGCCACGUAACGAUCUAAAACGCGAAGACAGGAAGAAGAAGCCAGUCAAAAGACGAGAGGAAGAAUCAAGACCAGAACCAGUCGUGAUUUUACCGCCUAAAAAGGAAAAGAAACUCCUUCCUCUAUUCUUUGGUGAUGAAGUCCUCACUGAACAACGUAUUCAAGAAGAGUUACGUAAGCAUUCAUUAGUCCCAGAACCUGAGACCCAAUCUGAAAUUCCUAUCUCUAAUAACUUAGAUAGUACUACUACUAAUACUGACUUAGAUACUAACUUAUCUACUCCUAUCUCAUCUACUACUAAUACUAAUACUGACUUAUCUAGUACACCUAGUACACCUAAUCUAGCUCCAGCUUCAGCUACUGUGCAGGUAAUUGCUGAGUCUCUAGCUAGUAUGGAAAUCACUUCAAGUACUCCUAAAGAUAAGUUAAGUGGAGAUAAGUUAAGUGGAGAUAAGAUAAGUAGUGAUAAGUUGAGUGGAGAUAAGAUAAGUAGUGAUAAGAUAGGAGAUAAGCCAAUUGAACCAGUGGAUAUUGCUAAGUAUAACAUUAAGGGUGGAGUGCCUCGUAAUAGUAGUGGAUUAGCUUGGGAAGCCAUUGGUGAUGAAGAGGAGAGAAGAAGAGCUAUCUUUGCUAAACCAAAACCUAUCACUACUAAACCAAAAGCACCUAAACCAUUGCGAUCUAAACCAGAUAGUACUCCAACUCCAACUCAAUCUACUCCACCUACUCCAACUCAACCCACUCAAUCUACUCCAACUCUACCUACUCAAUCUACUCCAACUCUACCUACUCAAUCUGAAGCAAAUGAAGUAAGUGAAGUAAGUGAAGUAGGUGAAGUAAGUGAAGUAGGUGAAGUAACUCCAUUAGCAGAAGAAGAUCAACUUAGUCCUGAGUUAGUUAAAGAUAAGUUAGUUAAAGAUAAGAUAAGUAGUGAUAAGUUAAGUGAAGAUAAGGAUUUAGUUAGUACUGAUUUAGAAGAGACUAACUCAAUAGUAACUAGUGAUGUUGUUAUUAAUGAGAUAAUCAGUACUAGUGAAGUUGAAGUUGAAGUUGAGAUUGAAGUAAGUAGUGAGUUGGAAGAAGGUCAAAUAGUUGAGACAGUUUCAAUUGUUUCUUCUACUUCUGAAGUAGUUAGUACUAUUACUGAUAGCUUAGAGUUAGUUAAAGAUAAGUUAAGUGGAGAUAAGUUAGGAGAAGAUAAGAUAGGAGAAGAUAAGAUAGAGGAGGGAGAAGGAGAAAAAGAUGAAGAAAAAGAUGACGUCAUCGUUUUACCUAAAAUUUAUACUUUAUCUAUGUUAAGGUCUUAUCGACCAGGUGCUGAAGGUAUUAAAGUCUCUAUUGAUCGUAAUACUCUUUUUAAGUCUUCUGGAUUUGGUCGUAAGAAACGUGAGUUUAAACCUAUUAAACUCUCCUUUGCUAGUAAAAAGACUCAUUCACCUCCUAUCUUUGCUGAAAUUGCUCCUUACUUAGCUGAGUUUAAUUUAGCUCUUAAUCAGGUUUCUAAUAACAAUAUUGAUGAGGUAGCUAGACGUAUUUUAAAAAUCAAAGUACCAACUAAUGAAGCAAUGAUAGGUUUAACUAAACUUCUUUUUGAUCGUACUAUUCAAGAAGAAGCUUAUGCUGAAAUCUAUGCUAAACUUGUUGAACUUGUCCAACGGAAAUUCCGCUCAGAUGAAGAAGAAGCCUAUAAUGAAGAACAGUACCAUAAAGAAAAGUCGAGUGAUCGGACUAAAUGGACCAAUCGUUCUGUUUUUGGCCGAGAAUUAGCCAACUUAGCUAAACAAGAGUUCCAAACGGCCCAAGAAUGGGCUGCCACUGAAACUGUCCAGAAAUCAGUCAGUAUGUCAGCGGCUGAACUAACUGCCCGAGUGACUGAAAUUACUAAUAACAAAGAGAAAGAGUAUGCCCGGCUUCAUAUUAAAAAGCGAGCUAUGGCUGUAAUUAGGUUUGUGGCUGAGCUUUUCUUGCAUGGGUUCUUUACUCCUACUAUUAUUCAUUCGGCUAUUAAGUCACUGAUGCGGAAGAGUACUCCAGAGAAUACGGAAAGACUUUGUUACUUACUGAAGAAUACUGGAGCUGCUUUAGAAGAUCCGGCAACAGCUGAGUAUAUGGACAGUUAUAUUAGGUGGUUAGAUCAGGCGGCUAAACAGCUUAGUGUUCGUUAUAGAUUUAUGGUUGAGGAUCUUAAAGAGUUACGAGCGGCUAAUUGGGUUAGGAAAGCAGUUAAGAAGGGAGGACAGUCUUCUGAUGAGAAUGAUGAAGAAGCCUGGAAGUGUUCUAAGCCUAAGGAUAAGAAGAAGUGGGGGAAGGAUAAGUUAGGGUAUAAAAAAGAAGUUAAACCGGUAGAAAGAUCUCUUAAACUGGUCGAUCAGAUUAGUAAGUAUAAAGAGGAGUAUGGCCGGAUGGAAACUUUGACUUAUAAUGUUCUGCAGGCUAGUCAUGCCCCGGAAGAGGAGGCAGAAAGACUUUUCGCUGAGUAUAAUACUAGUGCUAUGUUCUUAACAGCGGCAAUCAAGAUAAUCAUUGAGGCUUAUGAUCAGCGCCUGGAACGCGGCUUUGCCUUCUUAAGGGAGUGGGUUAGACUUAAUCCGGGUGCUCUGGCUAAGAAGGAAGAAGUCUUCUCGUACAUAGAAGAGGCCAUGGACGACAUUGUUGAUGACUCCCCUAAUGCCCCCAAGUACUUCCAGCAACUCAAAGAGAUAAUCGCCCCAAAAUAA